AUGGCUGACCUAAUUGGGGAAUUGCCGGAAGCUGGACCAAGCCAGAUACAACCACCACCACCUGCGAGACUAAUACCAGAAAUCCAAGAAUGGAUGCAGAGAAAAUUGGAAGCAAAAAUCACCAGAAGGGUGACAGAAGCAACAGAAAAAGAAAAAGAGGGGCGGAGGGUGGCCAACAGAGCAGCAGAAAGAGCAGAGGAGGAAGUAGCAGAAUACAGAGCCAGGCUGGCUUUUGCUGGUCUCCAGCUUCUUAGAGGGACUGUUGGCGUCUAG